UAUUCAUAUUAUAGUUGUAAUUUUUUUGAGACCAACCAUAUCAUAAAUUUUAAAUACAUGUAAUCAUAUUCGUGGAUUUUAGAUAAUCUCAAAAUUACUAAUAUUUUGAAGAAAAUCAAUGGCGGUUUAGAAAGAAGAGGAUGAAGCAAAACAGUUAACCUUCCAUCCGUCCCACUCCCACAACAGCUCGAGCUUGCAAUUUCGCUUAUCGUUUAAUUUGUUCUGUGAAAAUGGCGGCGGCGGCGGCGGCGGGACUGACGUCUUCGAUUUUGCGCAUCAAAGCUUCGUCCAGCACUUACACCAAGAGUAGGAGAGUUCGACGCCCGCAAAAUGUCGACGGAGACUUGUUCGUCGAUAACACAUGCAUAGACUGUGACACUUGUCGUUGGAUGGCUCCGGAAAUAUUCAAUAGACAGGAUGGCAUGUCUGCAGUACUUAAACAGCCGGCAUGCCAUGAAGAGAGAAUCAGAGCUCUUCAGGCAUUACUUUCGUGUCCGACCAACUCAAUCCACACAGAACAGCCUCCUCGUGAUAUUUUAGCAGUUCAUAAAACAUUCCCGAUUCCAAUCGAUGAACACAAAAUUCAGGGAGUAUACCACUGUGGUUACCACUCUGACAAAUCAUAUGGAGCAACGUCCUAUUUUAUUGAACGACCCGAAGGGAAUAUAUUAAUAGACAGUCCUAGAUACACAGAGAGACUAUCCAGCAAUAUCAAGAAGAUGGGUGGAGUCCGCUUCAUGUUUCUCACCCACAAGGAUGAUGUUGCAGAUCAUGAUAAGUGGUCAAAGGAGCUGGGUUGUUCUAGGAUUCUUCAUUCAGAAGAAGUGUGUGAUUCAACAGCUGAUGUGGAGAUCAAGCUUGAGGGGAACGGCCCUUGGACCCUUGGCAGUGACAUCACACUUAUACACACCCCAGGACACACAAAAGGAUCUGUCUGCUUACUCGACAGAACUAGGAAGGUCCUCUUUACCGGUGACCAUCUUUUGAUGGAUGAAUUUGGAUGGAGCAUAAUAGAACAAUACAACUGGUUUUCAGUUUCUGAACAAUUGAAGAGCGUUCAGAAGUUGCUUGAGUUGGAUUUUGAAUGGAUACUACCUGGACAUGGGAGGAGAGCAUCAUUUAAUAAUGCCCAGGAGAAAGAUAUGGUGUUGCAAGCUUUCUUGGCUACCAAAGGUUUUCAGGGGUAGGCCUCUUACAUUUCCUAUCAUUUUCUCUUCAAAAGAUAGCAGUAGAAAUGUAAAACCCACAUUGUGUAUUUGAAUGAACUUUUUCACAGAACUGAAUCUUGUCUUUUAUGAUGAACAAAUGCUGUAUUUGAAUUUUCUCCA